CGUAUAAAGGAAGCAGUGCAAGUGAAGAAGGCAGAGGAGGAAGGCAGCCGCGGCCGAGAUGAGUCUUCAGGGACAUGCUGUGGAGUGCCACACGUCUCACUGGCUUGCUGAUCAUUCUCAAGGAAGGGUUAAUGCAGCUGAGCACAUAAUUCACAUCCCAGCAAAAGCCAUGAACAUAACUUGGGGCCGUGAUGGAAGAUUCUGGAGGUGGAAUGAGCUUCCCAAGGAUGAGCAACCCAAGGAUUUUUCCAAAGAUAACCUAUGUGACAGUGUUGCAGAGCUCAUUCAAGUGAAUUGGCUUGAAGUGAAAGGGACUCUGAACCUGGCAAAGCAUAAGGAUGCACUCUCUAAUUCCAAGGUCUUUGAGAUCGUGUACCACAUCAAGUUCAAUAUUGAUGCUUUUGGGUGGAGCAAAGCCCCUGUCUUGUUUGAGCUGGUCACCCCAGAUGGGCACAGGGAGAAGAGAAUUGAGAUCAUGGAGUCAUACAGGAAAAGAAGCUGUGAGUGGCUUGAGAUCCAUGGUGGGGAGUUCAAGUUACCCCAAGACAUGAAAGGAGAGGUUGAGUUUGGCAUAUCUGAAACUGAGAGCCAUUGGUGGAAGGGUGGUAUGAUCUUUGCAGGUGUCUCUAUUAAGCCUAAAAUGGACACUCAGAACUGACACUCCAGUCUGUGAUUUCAGUAUACCUUUCAGUACAUGGUGCUCUUAUGAUGUGAAUUAUAUUUGGGUUGUCUGGUGUUCUUGUGAUCUGAAUGAAGCUUGGGUUGUACUUUGAAACAUUGUUGCUAUGAUGAGUUGCAGUUCUAAAACUAGAUUUGCUAAAA